AUGGCAGUGCCUGCCGCCCCGCCGAAAUCAUCGACUCCGAAGCCAUCGUCGCACUCUCGGACAACAUCCCAGGCCUCAUCUCGCAACUACGCAGCCUCCGCUCCGGUAUCCAGGCGAGGCCCCCGUUCCACCGCGCCAGACUAUCUAUCCGACAAGGCCACAGCAGCCUUUAUUCGUCGCACGCUCUGCCCACAGCAGAAUGGCGACGCGGGACGCAAUGCGGCGGCCCCGAUUGAGGAGCUUCUGCCACCUCUGACGAGUCGAAACGACGUCGACCUCCAGCUCUACGCAUUCUUGGCGGUCAUACUAAAGGAGUUUGUGCAAGCGUGGUACAGCAAGAUCACCCCCGACGAGACCUUUGUGGCCGAAAUUGUACAGAUUAUUGCGCACUGCACAAGAGCUGUGGAACAGAGACUGAGGAAGGUCGACUUGGAGAGCUUGCUGCUAGAUGAGAUUCCCGACCUCCUUGAUAGACACAUUACUGCUCGUCGUGCCGCCCGGAAUCCAAUAGCGCGACCACCGAUAGAGGUUCACCCGCGCGAGGUCUAUCACUCCCUCUGCCCACUCCCCUACCUCUCGCCCGUCCCUACCCCGGAUAGCCCCGAAGCUGUGGAAUUACAACGAGAGAACGAGAGGGCGUACAGGCAACUGCUUGUCCGGGCUGUCCUUGCCAUUCUGCUGCCCACCGAGGAUCUCGAGAACCCCUGCCUAACAUCCCUCGUCGGGGAGAUUUUGUCCGAGACGAUCAUCGGAAACGUCAUCGCGAACAAAGCAUCUCAGCCGUGGCUUAUAUGGGAGGGACUCGCUAUACUCGCCAGGAAUAUCACCGAGGGGAAGAGACGCCGGCCCAAGCGACGAGACAACGAUCAGCCAAGCUCCGCCUCAGCUGGCCGGGGCUUCUCAGCCCAAGGGCUCCUGUCUUCUGUUAUUCAUUGGAUGUUUUUAGCCUUCGUCUCGAUCCAAUUUCUUGUCACAACGCUAGUGACUGCCUCCUCAUUUCCACGAAGAGGAGGCCGCAGCUUUAGCGAAAAUGGAGAUCUGACGAGUCAAAGCAGUCCCGACUAUACGAGCACGCCCGACGCCUCCUCCCUCGAAAAGGGUGAUCCAGUCACAUCAGCCAAGGUCCCUCUUGUGGACUUCAGGAUAUGGCCAUGCAUAGCGAAUCUAAUUGAGCUCCAGAGUCGUAUGCCUUGGCUAGCCGGUACUCUAUCAAUGUUGCAACUGGGACUAUUGGAUGGUCCUGGGAGGAUUGGGGAUGUGGAUAGAACCAUGGAUAGCGAGACGGGAUCUCAUGCACCUUCCUUUCACGUUUCUACCCUCGUUUCUACCAUGGCCAUAAAAGUCUCGACCAAUCUUGGCGCGAAAUCGCCAUAUUCCUCUCCCAUUGCCUUCUUGGUGUUGGGGUCCGAGUUUGACCCGCAACCGCCUAAUGCAGCAGUAUCAGCGUUUACGCGCCCAGCAGUUCGCACCGGUUUGACACCAAACGCCCCCUCCCUCAACCCAUCUACCACUGCACCCGAGGCACACCGACCGACGACCCUCUCUCACCUCCUCCACCAGCACGUCUUCGACCCCUCCCGCCUCCCCCCACUCCUCCGCUCCCUUCGAGCCGCCCUCUUCCCAAACAACGCCCCCGGCACGCCCACCCUCUUCCCCCCUACUUCGGACGAACAACUGCUCGCCCUCCGCCGCCGCUCCGCAGCCUCCCUCGCCUCCAUCUUCCCUCCCUGGCUCACCUCGCUCUAUUUCGCCGGACGCCCACCCUGGACGUCGGCCGCCACCAGGCCCGCUAGCUCGAACGGGGUUGACUCUGAGGUCGUCGAUGCCAUUGACGACUCCUUGCUCGAUGUGUUUGCUGAUGAAUACUGUAAUAAGCACCUUAUGUAUAGUGUUCUCGAGCUUGUACUCGUGCGUCUGAUGCCCGAACUCACGGAGAAGCGGGUCUCGGAGCUGUGGGAGGAGAGACUUAACUGA